UCCUGGAGAAGGCAGCGAAAGAAACAGCCCGUCGGGGAAGGGCUCCAAAGACGCAGCCAGGAGGAGGAGGAGCCCUGCGGGAGGGGGCGGGGCCAGGAGGCCAGCCCCAAACUCGGUUGCCUGCAGCCAACUCAGCUGCGACGCCUGCGAGAGAGAGGGAGAGGGAGGCAGAGAUUGAGAGGCGAGGAAUCCAGUCAGGGAGGCGAGGAGUGCGCGGACUCUGUGAGGAAGGGGCGGCCCAGCCACGCCGCUUGCGAGGCGAAGGGAGGAAAGCCCGCCGCAGCCACUGCGGAGAGGAGCCCCAGCCGCGGAUGGAGCCGUAGCCGAAGAAGCCCAUAAUAAUUGCCACCAGCAUGUUGGCGCUGUCUGGCAUAGCUACAAACAUGACUUGACAUCCUAAAAACUGCAUUCAUGGCCAUUGGGUGAUCUGGCCAAUCAUGGAGCUGAAGGUAUGGGUCGAUGGAGUCCAGCGGAUCGUUUGUGGGGUCACAGAAGUUACCACUUGUCAGGAAGUCGUGAUAGCUCUUGCUCAAGCUAUAGGUCGUACUGGACGGUAUACCUUAAUAGAGAAAUGGAGAGAUACAGAGAGACACCUGGCCCCUCAUGAAAAUCCAAUUAUUUCCUUGAAUAAGUGGGGACAAUAUGCAAGUGAUGUGCAACUGGUGUUACGGCGUACUGGGCCAUCCCUCAGCGAAAGGCCAACUUCGGACAGUGUCGCUCGAAUACCGGAGAGAACUUUGUAUCGUCAGAGCUUGCCUCCAUUAGCCAAGCUAAGACCGCAAAAUGACAAGUCCAUAAAGCGGCGGGAACCAAAAAGGAAAUCUUUGACUUUCACAGGAGGAGCAAAAGGAUUGAUGGACAUUUUUGGAAAAGGAAAAGAUUCUGAAUUCAAGCAGAAAGUUCUGCACUGCAAAGCGACCGUUGAUGAGUUAAAGAAACUGAUCCAUCUCCAGACGGAGAAGCUCCAGUCUAUUGAAAAACAGCUGGAUUCAAACGAUGCUGAAAUUAAAUAUUGGGAGCAAAGAUUCAGUUACAGCUUGGAAGACGAAAUUGUCAGGCUAGAGCAGAAGAUCAAAAGGAACGAGGUGGAAAUUGAGGAGGAGGAAUUCUGGGAAAAUGAGCUCCAGAUUGAGCAGGAAAAUGAGAAGCAACUGAAAGAGCAGCUCCUAGAGAUCAGGCAAAGGAUUUUGGAUUGUGAAAACAAACUGAAGGAGUAUGUGGCCCGGAUCCGUGGCAUGGAAAGUGGGCUCGAGGCUGAAAAGUUACAUCGAGAAGUAGAGGAGUCCAAAGUCAAUGAAGAAGAAGUCAAAGAGAAGAUAGAAAAAGUCAGGGGGGAAAUUGAUAUUCAGGGGCAGCAAAGUCUGAGGCUGGAAAAUGGGACUAAAGCAAUUGAGAGAUCUUUGGGCCAGGCCACCAAACGGUUACAGGAGAAGGAACAGGAACUCGAGCAGCUGACAAAAGAGCUGCGGCAAGUCAAUCUCCAGCAGUUUAUCCAACAAACAGGGACAAAGGUGACUGUGCUGCCUGCAGAACCGACAGAAUUGGAGGCUUCACAUACAGAGAUUGAGAUGGAAACAACAUUUCAGACCGGGUCCCUGAAACGCCCUAGUUCAAGACAGCUGCCCAGCAAUCUUCGGAUCUUGCAGAAUCCACUGUCCUCUGGUUUCAACCCAGAGGGCAUUUAUGUAUAACAGUAUAUACCUCUUCUGGAGAGGACCUAUGAAGGUACCAAGGACCUCCUUUUGCAUCUAUUCUCCCAGUGAAGGGAGGGAAAGAACUUCCUUUCUGAAUCCACCAAGUGUUGGUAUUUUCUUUUUUUUUAUGAGAUCAGCAACCAGCUUUGAUUCCUGCCUCCUGUACUGGUAAUAUGAAGAACUGAAGGAACCGUCAAGGCACACUUUAGCAAUGUUGCAAUUGCUGCCAAACAGCUAUGGUGCAGAUAGCUUCAUUUUUUAAAUGUGAUUUCUGAAGAAUUUGGAGAAGUAUUAUUCUGUAGCUGGCUGAAAUGACUGACUAGAGUGCAAGAAACUGUGUGGAAAUGAUUUCGAGUUUAAUUUAUUCAAUUUAAUCCGUGGAUGUAUGAAUGUUGACAUGUAAAAUUGUACCUAUCCUUCUUGCCUACGAGCGGGACUACAUGUUAAGCCUAGCCAGGGCUACUGUCUCAAACAGCACCCUUUGGUAGGUACUCCUUCUCUCCAUCCUCACGUGAAGAAUUGUGCAAUGUCCUAAUGUGAUCCCAUUGAGAAUGUACCACCUCUUUCUACCGUCAGUUGCAAUUCCCUGCCAGCAAUCUCCACGUGAUUCAGUCACAACAUGAGUAAAACUAUACUAGCUCGACUAGGGAGUAAGGAGAACUCCACAUAGAUACCAGUUUCAGUGGUUAUCCUGUGUUGGGCUUAAUUUGUAAUUCUCCCUUAAAGCAAGGUCAUAUAUGAAGAGAAGUAUGGGUAUGCACAUGGAUACAAGUGUAGGUAUGUGAGAGAGAAAGAGAGAGAGAGAAUGGGCAUGUGCAUGAGUGAGUAUGAGCACAGAAACACCAAGAUCAUCACAACAAUGGUUCGUAGUUACAAAGUUUGUUAAGGAUGAAUGUUGCAGAAUCUUUAAAACAAUCCGUUGAUAUUUUUGUUCUGUUACAAGUUACAUUGUGUUACAGCCAUUGCAGGAUUUUUACAAUCAGUGGCUUUCCCCAUCAAAGGUCUGCUGGGACUUAAUCCUCACUUGGUAAGGAUGUGUUUAGUAUUUGAUAGAGAAGCGUUUAGUUAAACAGCAUUUUAUUAUAUGAAAUUUAUAUUUGAGAUAUUUUGUCACAAUAAAUAUGCUUAUCAAGGAACAAAACACUAUAUCUUCAGUCAAGUGUCUUGCCAAAGGAGUUCAUCACUGACUUUUGGGUUUUCUCUAGCAGGUUUCUAUUUUUUCCCUUCACUUGAUAGCAUUCUUGUAUUGUAGUCAGCUUUUCCAAUAAAGACACAGCCGUUCAGUUUAAUGCUGACUUGUACUACUUGUGACUCACUAAGCCAAACACAACCUUCAAGCCAUAUCUGGUGGCCUGCCAGCACUUGACAGCUGCCCUCUUAUUGUAGUAUCAAGCAAAAGUAAAAAGUUGUCAAAACAGUUGGUGGCUUUUGCCACAUGCAAAUGGUGACACGUGUGCACCUUUAGCCCAUCCAAACAUGUGCAGGUCCAGUCCAAUGACUCACUCACAGCACAGAAGAGUAUUCCAUUUUUUAAAACUUAUGUAAAUGUUUGAAAGAUUGUUUCUGAUCAAUGUGUUAUGCAAAAUGGUCUGAGGAAAUUGUUCCAUUAUUAAAAUAAGGGAGCUGAGUUCAUUUAUAAAAUGACUUCGUUCACUAAAUGCAACCCCAAAUAAUAAGAGUAGAUUUAGAGAAGAUUGCAUGCCCCAGAGACAUAGGAUUAAGCGCAUGAGUCAUUCUUCAUGACAAGAUUUAAUUAGGAAAUUUGGGUCUCUGAAUAUUUGACUGACAUGUCUAAAAUUGUGAAGAGCGCAAUGAUAUCUCAAGAAAUUAGAAGUUUCCUACCAGAAUCCACGUCUUGUCUGUAAUAUUUCAAUUUUCCUGUGCAAGAGCUAUUAACCAUCAGAUAUAUUGUGGGCCUUUUGAUUUCAGAGAGGUGAUGUAUGGGCAUUUGGUGGCAUCAUUGUAGAGUUUGGUCCUGCAAGCAACUUAGCAUUCACUUGCUCAAAUUAGAAAUAAUAAUCAAUUUUGAGACAGAGGCCAGUUCAUCUAAAUACCCACAAUUGGUGACCAGUGAAUUACAUGCAGAUUAUGUCGUAAAGUCCCUAUUAGAAUGGACUGGUUGAUUUACUAAUUUCCCAUUUCUUUUAUGGGUAUUUUCUAGCUGGGAUUAACAAAGGGAUUUGGGCCUGUAAAAUAAAACUGUCAGGAUUAUAGGUUGGGUAGCUCUUCUUGAAUACAGUCAAUGGAUAUAUCGCAUUUUUAAGGCAAGAAAAUUACACUGGCAAAUACAUUGAAUUUAGGGAUAAAUAAAUAUCAAUCAUGCUAGGAACUCUUCCUUCCAAAUUUAACCUAAUGUCCUCUUUUUCAAAUCUGUGUAUGCCUUGGAAUAAUAAUAGAGAAUGCAAGAAUAAUAACAGGUUACAAUGCAUAGUUUCCAUUUUAAUUCUCACUGAAAUAGAAGUGUAGCAUGUGGUUCAAUACUUACAUGCCGUAUGUUUCAAUGAGAUUUCAGUUACAGAUUAUGGCCAUGGGCCAAAAAUAAACAAAUCAACACAGUCCAGAUUCAGGUUUCAGGUUUUCUGAUCUGAGUGCUUCAUUGAUUUGCAGGAUCAAGUUCUUUCAGCAGGGAGUUGUCAGGAGGCUAUAUACAGAUAUCUAAAUACCCAUUUAUUCACAAAGCAAGCGCUUACAUGGGCAAGGAUUUUUAUUUUUUAAAAUAAGAGUAUAGAACCCCUCAUUUACUUACUGUAUGUGCAGAUUCAAAUUGAAAUCCAGCUUCCACUAUAAUUGAACAAUCAUCCUCAUUCACAGCGGUAAAUAUGAGUAAGAUUCCGCUCCAAGCUGAAAGAAAUUGUAAAAUACAUGUAAACAUUUUCUUUCUAAAAACAUUACUUUGCAAGUGAGCCUCAGUGCGGCUCCUUCCCCAGCCUCUUAGCCAUGUUAGCUGUGGAUGAUGGGAGAUGUAGUGUCAUCAUCUUGAGGGUAGGUUCUCACAAGUCAGAGAAGCUGAUCUGGCAUCAUUUUUAUUUGGAGUGUUCCAAAAAUAACUAGCCAGGUAUGGAAACGCACCUGUUCCUGUGCAGGAUGAUACCUAAAUUAUUGACUGUAUCUGUUUUUCUGAUAAAAAAAAUACAUUUUAUUUUUGUAAAGUUUUGAUCGGUGUUUGCAUAUGGCAGCAGAUGAAUUUUGUAACAUAGCAGUGGCAGCACUGAUACUGGAAAAAAAUUGAAAACAAAUGAGCAUUAAGGCCUUUUAAGGCAUUUGUGAGGCUUGCAUGUUCGCCACAUGCAUAGCUGAAAAGUGCCCACCAGUAAGUCCUGUUCUCUCACCUUCUUUUUGCCACUGGGAGUAGGCUGGGUUCAGGAAACACUCCUCAGGAAGCCUCAAUGUGGCCUUCUGAACUUUGCUUCCAAACAUUGCAUUUUAAACACUCUAUUACACUGGGGGAUGAAGGAAUGUUUGAGCAAUGCGCUUUCUAUUGUAAAAAAACGAGGGGUGGAAUAUUAGGCAAAGUUUUUGGGUUUUUUGCUUCCACGUUCAACUGCUCAACUCUCUGUGAGCAUGGCUUCAUCUUGAGACUCUGUCUCAUCAAGAUUGGGAUGACCUCAGUCCACAAACAUGCCCUUCAAUAGAUAUCUUCUUUGUGAAUAUGAAUAAAUGGGUCUUCAGAGAAGCUUGUCCUGAGACUUUUUGCUUUUUGUUUAAUGAUACUCCCUACAUUAAGCCUGGAAAAUGUAUGUCUUUCCCGAUGCUGUUGGGCUGCAUCUUUCCGAAAUGGAACAUAGCAAAGGAGUAUUUUGGGGAGUUGUAGUCCAACAGCCUCCGGUUUCCCACCUUUGCCCUACCUCACCUUUCCCCAAGCUGAUGCCCAGCAGAUAUGUUGGACAACAAUGCCAGUGACAUAGUGGCUAGUGAUAUUGGUUAUCCAGCAGCAUCUGAAGAGCAUGGGCUUGAGAAAAACCAGCCUAUAUCAUGUGAGCCAUUCAACAGGAUUUUUUGAAAGGCUGCAUUGCCUGCAGCUACAAUACCAGAGAGAUGGUUCUCCAAACAUGUCAGUUUACACAGUAGAGAUGAAGUUUGCAUGCCAUCCCUCUCUAUGUAGAGAACUUCGAAUGAGAAUGAGGAAUAUAAGCACACAAUUGCUAGUUAAAGCUGACCUGUUGGUGUUCACCCUUCCAACUCCUCUAGUUCAUUGAAUGGACAUGCCAGGAAACAAGAAACGGUGGUACAGGAGGAGGAGGAAAACCCUGAAUGUGAAUCAAUUCCAAGUGAAAGUUGCUCGCAAUUUAAUGUUAUAUCAAGGGUGAGGGACCUUUGACUCUAGAUCAGAGAAGAUGUAUUGCUUUAGGAUUUUAAUUCCCUUUGGCCAACAGUACAGGAUUGUAGGAGUUGCCUUUCCCCAAACAUUUGGAAAGCCAAAGGUCCUUUGCCUUUCAUUUCUUUUGAAGAUGUGGUUGCACAGGUACAAAGCAUUUGCAUGUCUUAAAAUAUAUGCAAUGUUUAAGAGAAGAAUAAAUAUGUAGGUGACUUGAAGACAAGAUCUGUGAGCUUGAUGAAUGUUCACUGUUCAUCAAUGUGCUCAACAAGAUAAUUUGGCAUCUCACUUUUGCAUUUGCAUGAAGGACAGUAGUAUCUUUCAAGAGGACGGGGGUUCUCUUAGUAUGCAUUAAGAAACAGUUUGGUUUGCAGCUUGAAGCCCUAUUAUUGCACAUUGGGUAGUCAAGAGAGUAAUUCCUAUUUUUUCCCCAGAAUGCUCAAAGAGGUAGACAAAUCCCCAGUGUACUUGACCUUAUGUGAAUUGGGCCUUAAUUAUCCAUGUAAAUAGCAAAAAAAAAUGUAUUCUGAUUUAUUUUCCGUUAUUGAAUAAUCCUGUGCUAUAUAUUUUUAAAGUGUCAAAAUGUUACUUUUAUAAUCCAGCUUUUUUUUUAGACCAUUGAUUCAUGCACGCUUAUCCUAUUUGUUACAGUAUUCUAAUGUUUUGAAUGAAGGCCAUCAACUGUAUGGAGAUGACAAAACAGUUUUAUUUAUUCAGUAUUUUUUCCUGCUGCUUUAUUUUUUUCAAAUAAAGUUUCCAUUGCUAAUAUA